AUUUAGCAGAAAGCUACUCAAGUUUAGUCUUUGCUCGGGUGUCAUGAUUUUUACUCAGUCAUGAGUUUUAUAGUUCAUAAAAACUGGAUUACUUUUCAGACUAACUUACGACUAAUUUUUUUAAGCUUCAGAUCAAAUAUAUAUGCUAAAAAUCUGACUUUUGGGUUCGCCAGUUUAGUAGGCAUCCUACGCUCGUUUUCGUACGGUCACCGUGAUUGUGUUUCUGUUGAUCUUACGGCUUAUAAUCAC